GCUUUCCUUGCAUCACUGCUGGGAUGAAGCUGAUCCUGCCAUGAGUGGUUUAUUAAGCAGAUUAAGUAUAACCAUGAAAGAGACUUCUUCACCAUGGCCAAGGAAUCUAUCAUUAAUGCAUGCUACUCUGUGAAUGGUGAGAGGCUGGGCACCUACAUGGGCCAUACCAGAGCUGUGUGCUGUGUGGAUGCUGACUGGGAUGCCAAGUAUGUCCUCACCCAUUCAGCUGACAACAGCUGUCAUCUCUGGGCCUGUGAAACAGGGAAACAGCUGGUCCUACUCAAGACCAAUUCAGCUGUUUGGAUCUGCAGUUUUGACUUUGGGGGCAACAUCAUCACGUUCUCCACAGAGAAGCAGAUGAGCUACCAGUGCUUUGUGAAUUUAUUUGACCUGCGGGAUCUGAGCCGGGCUGGCAACAAUGAGUCCUACAUGAAGAUCCCUUGCAGUGACUCUAAAAUCACUAGUGCUGUUUGUAGCCCCCUUGGGGAGAGCAUCAUUGCAGGCCAUGAGAGUGGGGAGCUCAACCAGUAUAGUGCCAAGUCUGGAGAGGUGUUAGUGAAUGUUAAGGAGCACUCCCAGCAGAUCAGUGACACCCAUUUAUCCAGGGACAUGACCAUGUUUGUCACUGCAUCCAAGGACAACACAGCCAAGCUUUUUGACUCCACAGCUCUUCAACAUCAGAAGACUUUCUGAACAGAACAUCCCAUCAGCUCAGCUACCAUUUUUCCCAGCUAUGAUCAUGUUGUGCUGGGCAGUGGUCAGGAAGCCAUGGAUGUAACCACAGCCUCCACCAAGAUUGGCAAAUUUGAGUCUGGGUUCUUUCAUUUGGCCUUUGAGGAAGAGUUCAGAAGAGUCAAGGGGCACUUUGGACCUAUCAACAGUGUUGUCUUCCAUCCUGAUGGCAAGAGCUGCAGCAGUGGCAGUGAAGAUGGUUAUCUCCAUAAUCUACUACUUUGACCCACAGUACUUC